UAAUUAUUCGAUUCUCUCUCUCUCUUUCUCUCUCUCUCGUCCUCUUCAAGCUUCCUUCUUCCCCCUCUUCUAUUCCCCACUCUCUUAUUAACCCCUAAAUGUCGUUAGUUCCCACGCUCCUCCACCCUUCUACGACGCCGUUUUCACGUCCCCGGAAAUGCUCCCACCCGACCACUCCAGCUUCAACCUCCUCACCCGUUUCAUCAAUUCCUACCCGUCUGAUCCCGAUCCCGAUCCGAUCUCCCUCGGAGGACUGUUCCUGCACCCCAGCAACACCAUCCCUCCUUCCUUCCUUUCUUUGAUUUCUCACCGUACCCGUUUGCGUUCCGGUUCGGCCUGUUGUUUAAGGCGCCACUGCCACAAGACGCUGCGUUUUGAAGGUUUAAGACGAGGUGGUGGCGGCGGGCUGCUUUUGUCUGUGAGCUUGUCGAUAAAGGGGAGUGAAAGGGAUGGUGGUGAGGAAAGGUAUGUUCGGGAAUCAGGACAAGUCCUGGGGCAAAAUGGGGAUAAAAGCUUUUCGUCCUCGGAGGAGGAGGCCGCCAUUGUGGCGGUGUUCGAGGGUGAGGGUGAGAUUGCACGGAAGGGAUCGGAUGCUAUGAAUACCACCAAGCACCUUUGGUCUGGAGCUGUUGCUGCUAUGGUUUCAAGGACGUUUGUUGCUCCUCUUGAGAGGCUAAAGCUGGAAUAUAUAGUUCGAGGUGAACAGAAGAACCUUUUUGAGCUCAUCAGGACGAUUGCAGCUUCUCAAGGGCUGAAGGGAUUUUGGAAAGGAAAUUUUGUCAAUAUUCUUCGCACGGCACCCUUUAAGGCUAUCAAUUUCUAUGCUUACGAUACUUACAGAAAUCAGCUGAUGAAAUUGUUUCGGAAUGAGGAGUCCACAAAUUACGAGAGGUUUCUUGCUGGUGCCGCGGCUGGAAUUACAGCCACUUUGCUCUGCUUACCUAUGGACACGAUCAGGACAAAGAUGGUAGCACCUGGUGGAGAAACCUUGGGUGGUGUAAUUGGUGCUUUCCGCCACAUGAUCCAAACUGAAGGGUUCUUUUCGCUUUACAAGGGUUUACUACCCUCGAUUGUGAGCAUGGCACCUUCAGGUGCAGUUUUCUAUGGUGUCUAUGAUAUACUGAAAUCAGCUUAUCUGCAUUCACCUGAAGGGAUGAAAAGGAUCCAACACAAGAAACAAGAAGGUGAUAAACUGAAUGCUAUGGAACAACUGGAGUUGGGUCCUGUUCGAACAUUACUAUAUGGGGCAAUUGCCGGUGCUUGUUCUGAAGCUGCUACAUAUCCAUUUGAAGUUGUGAGGAGACACCUUCAGAUGCAAGUUCGGGCAACUAAGUUAAGUGCUUUCACAACUUGUGUGAAAAUUGUUGAGCAAGGAGGUGUACCUGCUCUUUAUGCAGGAUUAACACCAAGCCUAUUGCAGGUUUUACCGUCAGCUGCUAUAAGUUAUCUUGUAUACGAGUUCAUGAAGAUUUUUCUCAGAGUAGAGACGACGUAAUAGUUUUCAAUCCAGAUCAAGGUCCAAAGGUUCUUGUCGAGAAUGAAUAGUUUGGUUGUGUUUCUUUUCUUGUUUUGUGUUUUCAAUAUGUACUUGGGAAAAAGAGAAGAAACAAGGCACCGUGUUUCCGAUGUUUUCUGUUGACUGACAGAAAGCUUGCUGUAAUUUUUCUUGGGAUUUUUAGCGUCAUUUGAGUAGCUAAAAGAGGACUACAACAGUCAAAUACAGUGAGAAUAAAUAAGGGCAAGCUGAUUGUUUGAUUGUACUUGACCCGGGCGUAUUAUUAUUUUGAGAUUAAUUGUUUUGUAUUUGACUCAACCGACUCCACUUAAUGAAAAAAGAUUCUGUUGUUGUAA